UUAUCUCUGUUUACUUUAACUGUUAUAGCCAUACAUAAGCAUAAACUAAUAAGUAUAUACUAUAGCCAGUAGUUGGUAUGAGCGUGAAAAGUCAUGGGGCCAAAAAGUGCCGUAACUGUGGGCAUUCCAAUUUCAUAGUGGACCGUUUUACAGCUGCAGGAGACUUGUCGUGUUCAAGAUGUGGGUUAGUUCAAGAAGAAAAUCCUAUCGUUAGUGAAGUUCAAUUUGGUGAAUCUUCUUCAGGAGCUGCUAUGGUUCAAGGUGCUAUGGUAGCACAUGAUCAAGCAAGAGCAUCAUAUGGAGGUAAUAGACAAAAUGCAAUGGAAAGUAGAGAACAAACCAUUUUAAAUGGGAAAAGAAAAAUUCGUAGAAUUGCUGCUGCAUUGAAGAUUCCUGAUUAUAUAGCAGAAUCUGCUGGUUCAUGGUUUAAAUUAGCAUUAACUCAAAACUUUGUUCAAGGGAGAAGAUCUCAGAAUGUAUUGGCUGCUUGUUUGUAUGUAGCUUGUAGAAAGGAAAGGACUCAUCAUAUGUUAAUUGAUUUUAGUUCUCGAUUACAGAUUUCAGUUUAUUCUUUAGGUGCUACAUUUCUUAAGAUGGUCAAAGCCUUAAAUAUUAGUCAAUUACCUAUUUCUGAUCCUUCAUUAUUUAUUCAACAUUUUGCUGAGAAAUUAGACUUUAAAGAUCAACUUACUAAAGUAGUUAAAGAUGCUGUACGAUUAUCUCAUAGAAUGUCAGAUGAUUGGAUUAAAGAAGGUAGAAGACCAGCCGGUAUUGCUGGUGCAUGUGUUUUAUUAGCAGCUAGAAUGAAUAACUUUAGAAGAACUCAUUCAGAAAUAGUGGCAGUAGCCCAUGUUGGAGAAGAAACUUUACAACGAAGAUUGAAUGAAUUCAAGAAGACUAAAUCGGGAACUUUAACCGUUAAUGAUUUCCGAGAAGUUGAAAUAGAUGAGAAGGCUAAUCCUCCAUCAUUUGAUAAGAAUCGUCGGAUUGAAAAGCAUUUACAUCAGGCAGUACAAGAGAAGGAAGAUCGAUUAAGAAGAUUACAACAAUAUGCUAAGGAGAAUCGAUUGAGAGCAUCUGAUGCUGAAGUACUAGCUCUUCAAUCCUCUAGUGAAGUAAAGAAAGAUCCUUCUGGAGAACUUCGAAGUGAACAAUUGGAAUCUAAUAAGAAAUCCGGACCUCAAGAUAAAGAUAAAGAAGAAGAUGAUAAAGAUUUAUUAUUAAGAACAAUUCUUAGAGAUUAUGAAGUUUCUGAAGAUAUUAUAGCUCAGGAAUUAAAAGAGAUUUUAAAUCGUAAGACAGCUCAAUUAAAAGGUUCAACAUAUGUAAUUCCAUCUGAAUCAAGUAAAGCUGCAGAUAAGACUGUUAAAGAAAAGGAAAACUUAGAUUGGCCAAAGAAUUUAGAUAAAUUACCUACUACGGCUGAUGUGUUGGCUAAGGUUAGUUCUAGUGUUGAAUUGACAGAAGAAGAUGAUGAUGAUAUUGUAUUGGAAAGUGAAUUAACUCCAAGGGAAAAGGAAAUGAAGGAAAGAAUAUGGACAGGAUUAAAUCAUGACUUUAUAAUUGAGCAAGAGAAGAAACGAUUAAAGCAAGAAGCAGAUGAAUUAACUGGUAAUACAUCUGGUACUAAUCGAAGAAAAAGACAAAAGGCAAGUACUCCAGCCGUUAUAAAUGAUUUAGGAGUUAGUUCAGCAUUAGCUAGUAUUGAAGUUGAUGAAAAGACAGGUGAGCCAUUGAAUGCAGCUGAGAGUGCUAAGUUGAUGUUAUCAAAGAAGUCAUUUUCAAAGAAGAUUAAUUAUGCCACACUUGGAGAUUUAUUAUCACGGUCAGGAAUAUGACCAUUACUAUAUUUAUGAAUUAUAUACCCAUAUUAGUAGUAAAUAUAAGCGUACAGAUGUAUAUGGAAAUCACUAUGUGUAUAGUUUUACAGUCAGUUAGAGUAUAUGAAUUACAUAUAACAUACUGUAUAUAUUUUGAGUAUAUAACAAUUUUAUAUUUAUCCCCUAAAAUUAUCAGU